AUCUGAAGACUACCUCCAGUUUUAGAGAGAGUGAACGAAGUUUCGAUAGUUGUGAGAAGUUUGGCCUAUUGGAGAAUGAGUAGCGCAGUGGAUGCAGUAGGGAAUCCGAUCCCAACAUCGGCGGUGCUGAUGUCGGCGUCGAAGCACAUUGACAUAAGAUGCCGGAGCGAGAAUGUAGCAUAUCUCAAGUGCAAAAAAGACGAUCCUAACCCUGAGAAAUGCCUUCACAAAGGUCAACAAGUCACUCGCUGUGUCCUUAGCCUGUUGAAGGAUCUCCAUCAAAGGUGUAACAAAGAGAUGGAUGCGUAUGCUGGAUGCAUGUACUACAACACAAAUGAGUUUGAGAUGUGUCGUAAAGAGCAACAGGAAUUUGAGAAGGCCUGUCCCUAUUGAUUGGCUGGGAAAUAACGUUUUUAUUUUAUCAAAUAAUGACUUGAAUGUAUUUGCAAGAAGAAGAUCGUUUUGUUGUAAGCACAUUUUGAUCAAUAUGUUACUGUGGCUUGGACCCUUAUCACAGGGAAGUUGCCUAUUUGAUGUUGCUCUCAAAUUGCCUUCCUACAUGAAAGCAUAAACGGCUAUUCAUCAACAACUCAACACUAUUUGUUUUCUGAGCAUAAUUUGGAAUUUGGAUCAGUCGCCUUUUAGGGAA